UUAUUGUAAGCCUACUUUAUCGAUCAUAUUCCCUUUCUCUCUCUUGUUUUUCAUUUUCUUUCCCUAACUUCUAUAACCAGUCAUUUAUAAUGAACUUUAAUUUGAAAAUAAAAAAUCGGUGGGCCAAUUGAAAAGGGCAAAAAAUAAAUAGAAAAGAAAAAGAAAACGUAAAGCUAAAGCAAACACUCUCGAAGCCUAUAGCUAAGCGUCACUACACAUUCCAGCUCUUUCAAAUCUCCUCAGUCUCCCAUCAAAAUACGAGAAAAACAUAAAAAAAAAAGAAAAAGUUAAAAGAAACCCUAAUUUAAGAUCCGAUCGUCGUCAUCUUCACUCCUCUGGAUCUUCACCACCCAAAAACAAAAGCACCAAAAAUUCCAAAUUUGGAAACUUUCUACCUCUGUCCUGUUUCAAGAUUUUGUUCUUGCCCGAGAUGAAAGACAGAGGAAAGAGAACAGCAACUGAGCGAAGAAACGACGACGUGUCGUUAUACUACAGCACACCGUCAGAGUUCUCUUGUCGGAAACAUCCAUCGGUUUCCCCUGUCGGAAUCUGCCCGUACUGUCUCAACGACCGUUUAGUUAACCUCGUAUGCUCCCAGUGCGGCGAACAGAGACUCUCUUCUUGCUCUUGCUCCGACAUCUCUCCUAAUCACGCCGGCGUGGAACCCGGAAACGUCAGGAUCUCUUCUCUCAUCGACGAGGAGACGGCGAAACAGAGGAAGACGACGAAACAGAGUCGAAAAACAGAGGACGUUGUGGUGUUCAAGAGGAGUAGUAGCAGCUGCGUUGAGAUUAGUAAGAGGAAGCAUCAUAGACUCUCGAGACUCGGGAGGUUCUUGAGGAAGAUUAAUCCAAGAAAGGAAAGACCUUUCGAUGAGAACAACAACAACGAUACUUGGCGUUUGGAUUAUAACAACGACGGCAAGACACUAAGGGUUUCGAGAUCGAGAUCGCUUUGCAGCUUCCGAGGAGGCAACGUGUACUUAAACGGAUCGGAAGAAGACGUGUCGUCUUUCUCCGGCGCGAGGAGCUCCUUCUCCGCCGCGAGAAGCUCGAGCGUCUUCGAUACGACGACGACGGAGACGCGGAGGAGCAACUUCGAAGGGAGGAAGAGUAAUUUCAGCGAGACGACGGAGACGCGGAGGAGUAACUUCAGCGAAUCGGAGCCGCCGCGGAGGAGCUGUUUCGAGGCGAGGAAGAGUAACUUCAGUGAAACAGAGUACCCACGGAGGAGUAACUUCAGCGAAACAGAGCAUAAACAGAGUAUAAAUAACCAUCCGCGGAGGAGCAACUACGAAGCGGCGCCGAGGAAGAGUAAUGUCAAUGAGGAGCAGCAUCGGAAAAGUGAUUCGUCGGCGAUGAGUUUCACGAGGAGGGUUAUGUCGAUGAAAGAGAGUUACUUUACCGGAGGAGAAGAGCCUGGUUUCAUUGAUCUCAAAUUCGAUUCCUCUGGAGGAGAAGUGGUGGUGAACGACGGCGUUUUGGAGCACGGAGGAGGAGGGUCUUGUCGGUUAACGACGAAGGAUCGAGAGUUGAGUAAGAGUAGAAGGAGCUUCAAAGGAUGGAAAUGGAUUUUUGGACAUCAUCAUCAUCAAAGGGAUUUAUGAAUCAUGAUGAUGAUGAUAGAGAUGGUAUUUAUGGGAUCCAGUAAGGAGCAAGCAAUGGAGUUACGGUGUUGUGUGAUCCGAUGUCAAUCUUAGUCAAAAAGCUUCUUUUUUUCUAAUGGUUUAUCAUUUUGUUUUGUUGAAUAUUUAUAUAUCGACGCAUCGGACUGCAAGUUUUGUGAGUUUAAAGGAUAGACAUGAGAUUAUGAGUGUAACAACACAACUCAACUAUUAACCGGUUUUAA